AUGGCAGCAUUCAGUGAUGAUGCCGACUACGAUGCCGGAGAAACGUCUGAGAAUGUACCAAGUCCACUGUCUGAUGCUGGAAAUUAUGGACUCUUCCUCUCCGAUUUGACCUACACAAAUGUGGCCCAUCCUCGCGUGGCAGGACAGCCGAGCUCUGUGUGGACCUGUAAAAUCAAUGCGAUAAUCGACACUAUCAAUCACUUCCAACAGUCUGAAUACAGUAAGUUUGGAUCCCCCUACGUCAUUUGCUUCCGCUUCAAUCAUUUCUUCUAUGAAUGA